AUGCGCGCCAAGGAUGACAUUUCCAAAUUGCAUCUGCUAGUCCCAGGAUGUCCCCCUGUAUAUGUUGAGAGUGAAGGUAUGUGGCCGCGCAAGCUGGAGCCAGAUCCGCCCAGGAACGCCGCAUACUAUCAUCGUGCCCUGUACGAAGGCCAGAGCACCACCCACGUCUUUGAAACAAUGCUCCUGGCUGCUCGCGCGACGGAUCGUGCGUUACGUCGACGUACUAGCUUUGACAAUGUGGAUAUUGUCAUUUCACGAGGCCUCCUCAUGUCUCUUCUCAGACGUAUCAAUGGCAAGGAUAAGCACAUGUCCCGUUUCGAUAUCGAGAUGGUACAUAACACGCUGUUCAUGACACGACCACCCCAAGACGGAGUUGUCAGUCGUGAAGGCCACUCGUAUGGACACGCCUUCGAGAAGAACGCCACAAGGCUACCGCCUCAGCUCGAGCACACUGAACAGUGCAUUCGCUAUGUGCGAUACCAGUUCGGCAGUCUGAAUAUCGUCGUGCAGACGGACGUCGAUGCCGCAUGGGGACUAUCUCUGAAAGACAUGCCAACGACCGAGUACAUCAAGUCCAAAACGGAGGCUAGACCAGACCUUGUGGUCGAAAUCGCUCGACAAUUCGGCGGGUCUAUGCCACUGCAGUCUAUGGCGGCGGAAAUCAAAACGGUACAUAUAGACUCCGAGCUCAACCAGGACUCUACUCUAACUCAGAUGUGGUUCGGCCGCACACCGCAUCUCAUUGUUGCCCAACAUCGAGACGGGAUGUUCUAUACGCCAGAACAUUACCACGGAGCACCGCUCUUGUCGGCCUGGGAAGACCAGAACCAGGUAGCGCUGAGGAAGCUGGUGACCUUGUUGGAAUGGCUGAAAAGAGCUGCCCUGGCGAAAGGCCGGAAGUGCGGUGUGAUGAGCAGGGCCAACAGCUCGGCGUACUUCGUAUAUGACACGGUCGGCGACGACAAACCGUUCUCAGAGGAUGUAGUCCAAUACUUCUGGAGCCAAGACAGGAGAACGAAUCAGGAAGCGAAGUACGGCCUUGCGGCGUACGCAAGACACGCCCGCCUUUCUCGCGAGGAAAAGUCUACAUCUGGGGGAAACAAGCAGCCAAUCACUCCAGGCGAAUUCAAGCAGAUGUUCAGUGCUGCUCGCGAGGCUUCGCAGACGGGCCAAGGUCUAGUCAGGUCUCGACGUGGUAAGUCCACGCCUCGGGGGGAGGAUAAGCCAAUCACUCGGGACGAAGCAAAGCAGAUGCUCCGUCAAGCCGGGAGAGAUCUGUCGAAAAGACGCCAAGGACGUCUCUUUGCAAAGAACGGAAGGUGGAAGAAUCCGGGAGGCGGCGAAUGGGGAAAUGCCAGGCAUCUCGAGCGCAUUCGAAAGGCUCCAAAAAGGGAGAUACGGCGUGAGGAGCCGGAUCGCAAGCCCGACACCCUUCCAACCGUUGAAACGCCCGCGAUACCCGACCACGGAGCAUGGGGCCAGACUUUCGUUCAGAAGUUUGAGGAAGACAGGAGCGCUCUUCGCGAACAGGAUCCCAGAAGGCACGCGGCCAAACCCCUCAAGUUCAACCGUCCCAAGAAUCCUGUUGGGAAAACAUCUACCACGGGCUGGGGCCCCGAAAGCGGCGUCAUACCACCUAUCGGUCGCAAAGAGGAGGGCUCCGAGUAA